UGUCAAAAGAGACUAUUUAAGACGAACCUCUGCCUCGACCCAUCACAGUUCUUCUGUCAACAGAUUUUGCUUGAUCGCUUAAUCUCUCAGCUACAAUUAUUACAGCCUCUAUCAUCUUUACCACACAUACCGAGGUUUCUUUUUCUAGCACCAGUAUCAUCUUGACUACAGAGGAACUCAACAAUGUCCACCAGCAUCGUGAAAGUGUUUCUUCUCCUGGCUGUUGCUGUCUGCAUCUCUCAAGCCCAACCCUCACCAACUACGUUCAGUUCCACCCCCACCAGCAGCAGCAGCAGGUCUACCCAGGAACCCACCUCUGUAGCAACGUCCAUGUUGUCUGUUUUCAAAGAACUUGGAUCAGGAAAGCAGUGUCUGUGCUCACGUGUCAAGAGGUUGGAUACCUCUGACGUAAAGGAUGUCCAGAUCUUCCAAGCAACCGUCUUCUGCAACAGAGUGGAGAUUGUUGUCACCACCAACAGCGGCUAUCGCUAUUGCCUGGACCCCAAGAGGAGACCAGUGCAGCAGCUCGUAGCUAGCAUCAUGAACAGACAGAAAGCCUCUACAGCCACACCAGCUCCAAUCUGACUUUCUGUAACUCCUUCAAUCAGUGAAAGCUCAGUUGACCUCUUAUUGCAACAAAAGAACUAUAAAAAAAAAAACUGAUGUGAAAUUAAUGAAGUUUGAUUAUUUGUAUUCCACUUCUUUUCUUGUGCACUUAGAGUAUAUCUCUGUUUUUUUUCCUUUGAUUUUUAACUAAUACAACUAAUAAAACGUUGAAAGGGGCA